CCACCCCUAGAAGGAAUAUAGACCAAUCAGAGUGCGGGAAAAACAAACCAAUGAAGAGCCUGGGUCUAAGUAAGUGAAGGCAAAUGAGGUGGCCACGCCUUCAUUGGAGGAACGAAGGCUAAUGAGAGCGCUGUAAAGUAGUUGGCCCCGUCCCUACAGAGGAAACUGGGCCUUUGAGAGCUCAGAAAAGUUUGGAGGCCCCGCCUGUGCCACUGAAGCUCGUUCCGGAAGUUUUAAAAUGCAUCGAAGUCCGCGUCAGCCCAGGGAUGUUUGAGGCUGGAGACUGCUGAAUACCGUAGCCUUCCCAACUGGGAUAGACUGACACCGGUGACUCCCAGAAAAACCAGGAACAGGAUGUGGGAAGCUCAUAGGGGGCGCCUGACCUUCUCCUGGAGGAGAAGGCGAGCAACAGUGGCUUCCAGCUCCAACUUCCGACGGGCCUGGUGGGAUCAGGUACAGAGUCAGGUGCAUGGCCUGGCUGGGGCUUGGCCUGGCUGCCCUUUGUGGAACACCAGUCUCCUCACCUGCACAGGUAUUCGUUCGUCUUUACCAUUCCAUAACAUUCGUGAGCCGACGCUGCCGACCCUGCCCUGGGGACAUCGCGGUGGAGGAGACUGGUCCAGUCCCAUGUGGAGCUCACAGUUCAGGGGGGGAGUUAGACGCCUCACCACCACCAGGGGGAAAAAAAAAAUCACUUCUGACCAUUAAUUGUUCUUGAAGAAGUCUCCAGUGAUCUGUGUGUCUCCGGCUCCAAGAAAUCUUGCACCUACUGUGUUCAGUAGAUGGUGUCACACUUACAACCUUCUUGUGAGACGUCUUUGCCCCCAAGUUGUGCCGGGAGGUGCCCAUCAGACUGAGAUAGACUCCACUCCGGGUCCCAACAGCACGCCUCCUGCUUUACCCAGAUCCUGCCUGUGGGCCACAGCCUGUGUCCCCCAGAGACAGGGUCAGAGUCGUUUGGAUGCACAAUGAAAGAAUAAAAAGACUCCCACAAGACACAGACCUGGAGUGACGCCAGGGGCAGGGGGGGCAGUGAAAGUAUUUAACUGUGGACAUGGCCAGACACUGAACAGUUGGAACGGACAAGGCCAUGGGGCUGGGCCAGCAGCCUCUUUAAGUGGCCGGCUGCGGAUGUGGUGGGGGCUCAGGCGGUGACUGUGUUUUCAUUACCGAGUGCCAGCUGUGCCUGUGACAGCGUUUUGCGUGGAAAAUAAAGAGAUCAUAGAAUAGCCCUCUGGUCAUUCCCUAAGCCUCUGGAUAUCCUCCAAAUGUCUACCCCGGUCCAGAUCACUUAAAGGCUCAUAAAUGAGGCCCAUCCUGCCACGACGCUCUGAGAUGGGCGUGUAUCACUGCUGUGUUCCUGCUAAAAGUACAUGAUCUGAAUCUAAUCAUGGGGAACCGUCGGCCAAGCCAAACUGAGGGAAAUUCUACAAAAUAACGGACUGAUACUUUUCUGAAAUGGCAAGGUCUGGAAAGACAAGGAAAGAGUAAAGAAAUGUCACAGAUUGGAGGAGACUGAGGAGACACGGCAACUAAAAAUGUCAAGUGUGAUCCCGGACCACGAAAAGGACAUGAGAGGGAAAAUAGGAAAUUUACAUACGUUCCCUAGAUUAGCUCAUAAUGUCAUGUCAGUGUGAACGUCCUGCAUCUGACCGUUGGACCACGGUCAUGUAAGAGAGUGUCCAUAUUCGUGGGAGACACGUGCCUACAUGUUCACGGAUAAACGAGCAUCCUGUCUCCAAGUUACUCUCAAGUGGUUCAGCCCAAGCUUAAAAAAAAAUCUAUUCUCUCUCGCUCUCACUGUCUCUGUGUGUCAUCUAUCAUUCCUCUAGAAACCACCAACUGAUAAGAUCAUUCCAUUUAGCUGAAAGGUAGGCAGGUAUUCAUUUUCUCCCUGUAACGUGUGGGUCUGAAAUAUUUAAAAAUAAAACAUUGAAAAGGAACAUAGUAAAACUAAGAAAUGAAAAUAAAGGGACAAGUGGAACAGAGACUAGAGGAAGACAGUCCCUGAUUAUGACAGAGGUCUGCACGUGUCGGGGGUCAGCCAUCUGCUGCCAGUGAUUGUGCCUUGGGCUCUCCACCUGUGACUUAGGUUGUGGUGGUCCUGAACCAUAUUUGCCCCAGGCUCUGGAUGCUCUCGGAGGUAGGGGGCUGGUGGGCAGGGCGGAAGGGCUAGAGAGAGCAAGGGGAACCAAGGAAUUCCCAGUGACUGAGACUUCCUGAGGGCCUGCCCAAUACUCCGUUUUUGCUAAUGAAUAUUCCACAUCCAACAGUGUCUUCUGACCAUCUACUGUGUGUCUGAGGACACUGUUCUGGGUGCUGUGUGUAUAGCAGCAAACACAACCAAGUCCCAGUCUUCCUUCUCGUGUGACAAGAUCAACAGCAAACAAAUGAGAAUAAAAUACAGUGUCAGGUUGGGACAAGGGGUGUGAGUAAAGCAGUGUCAAGGGCAUGGAGCCUGAUCAGGGUGAAAUAUUGGAAGGACUAUCUGAAGAGAUGACAUUUGAACUGAGACCUGACGGUGAGAAAGAAUCAUGCAGAUUUCUAAAGAAGAGAGCAUCAGGCAGAAGGAUCUGCAAGUGCAAAGGCCCUGGGGCAGGAAUGACCUUGGCCUGUACAAAGUGCAGCAAGAAGGCCAGUGCCUGUUGAACCGUAGUAGAAACUGAGCCAGGUGAGGUGAGCCAGGGCAAGAUCUGUCAGGAAUGACUUGAGAGUUUAUUAUGAGCGAGAAGGGAAACCCCUGGAGAGUUGUGAGCAGAGGAGCGACGUGACACAAAGUGCUUCACAUGUGUGGUUCAGAGAGCUGAAGCCCCCAGUGCAAGCAGACUCAUUGUAAGGGCACUCAGUGUGACUUCACCCCACCAGUCUCCUCUCUGGGGGUCCCCUGUAGCAGGAGAUGGGAUGACCAGCUGGGUGGGUAUGGGGAGGAGGUUGGGCUGCUCAACAGCUUAAACUUUCCCAGGUGACCUGCCUCAGGAGAAAAGGACGUCGCCAGAGCAAUUAUCUUAUCAGAUAUACCCGUGCCUGGCCUGAGAUACACGUCCGUGCUGUGAGGCCAAGCAUGAGAUAUCAAGAACCUGCCAUUCCAGCAGUCCACAUCCUCACUGCUGCCCACAGGGGUGCCCGCCCGGGGGACCUCAAACCUGGCACCAAAACCAAGAUCGAGCCGGGAUCCUUGGAGACGUCUUUUCCCCACUCUGUUCCUUGGUUUCCCCACGCGGGCAGGUUGGAGUGGAGAUGGGAGCACCUGUAAUGGCUACGGCUGGAUGUGUGGGGCACCUCCGGGACCCCCUUGAACCUCUCCAGGCCUUGGUUUCCCCUGUGCACAACGGGAAUGUUAAUGCCGCCCGCACGGGGGUUUGUUGCAGGGACCCCCAAGGUCACAUGUGUGCAGGGCCUGGCUCACACUUGCCGCCGACUGCUGAUGUGAACUGUGGGCUUCUUCACUGGUGGUCCCAUACGAGAGCCAGGCUCCGGGGUCAGACCUGGGCUGGAAUCCUGCCCCUGGUACUUAGUCAUCACAGCCUUAGACCAAGUCCUUAACCUCUCUGUGCCUUGGGUUCUUCAUCUGUACAAUGGCGGCCAAUAAGAGAACAUAACUUUAUAGGGUGAGGAGCUAGUGAAACAUUCACACAAAGCACACUGGGCAGAGCCAGAACCAGGAAGUCCUCCCUAAACGACAGCUAUUACAGCAACCAUUGUGAGCGCGCUCCCCCUCCAGGAGUCAGGCAUGGGCAGUGUGGCCUGGAAGAGGACCCUGCAGCCAGCCCACCUGGUUCUGAGUCCUGACCCUUCCACGUCCGAGCUUGCGGACAACAGGAGAAUUACGAGAUGUACUCAGUAGAGCUGGGUCCUGGCCCUGGUGGGGACAUGGCAGCCAAGAUGAGCAAGAAGAAGGCAGGCAGUAAAGGAGGCAAGAGGAAGGAGAAGCUGGAGAACAUGAAGAAGGAGAUGGAGAUUAACGACCACCAGCUGUCAGUCGCGGAGCUGGAACAGAAAUACCAGACCAGUGCGACCAAGGGCCUGACUGCCAGCCUGGCCGCGGAUCUGCUGCUGCGGGAUGGGCCCAAUGCCCUGCGGCCGCCGCGUGGUACCCCUGAGUAUGUCAAGUUCGCCCGGCAGCUGGCCGGUGGUCUGCAGUGCCUCAUGUGGGUGGCUGCUGCCAUCUGUCUCAUUGCCUUUGCCAUCCAGGCCAGUGAGGGGGACCUCACCACCGACGACAAUCUGUACCUGGCACUGGCCCUCAUCGCCGUGGUCGUGGUCACCGGCUGCUUUGGCUACUACCAGGAGUUUAAGAGCACCAACAUCAUUGCCAGCUUCAAGAACCUCGUGCCCCAGCAAGCAACUGUGAUCCGAGAUGGGGACAAGUUCCAGAUCAAUGCAGACCAGCUUGUGGUGGGCGACCUGGUGGAGAUGAAAGGCGGGGACCGGGUGCCAGCGGACAUCAGGAUCCUCCAGGCCCAGGGCUGCAAGGUGGACAACUCCUCGCUGACUGGAGAGUCUGAGCCGCAGACCCGCUCGCCCGAAUGUACACACGAGAGCCCCCUGGAGACCCGCAACAUCGCCUUCUUCUCCACCAUGUGCCUUGAAGGCACGGCACAGGGCCUGGUGGUGAACACAGGUGACCGCACCAUCAUUGGGCGCAUUGCAUCGCUGGCAUCGGGGGUAGAAAAUGAGAAGACCCCCAUCGCUAUUGAAAUCGAACAUUUCGUGGACAUCAUCGCAGGCCUGGCCAUCCUCUUCGGCGCCACAUUUUUUGUGGUGGCCAUGUGCAUUGGCUACACCUUCCUGCGGGCCAUGGUCUUCUUCAUGGCCAUUGUGGUAGCCUACGUGCCCGAGGGGCUGCUGGCCACUGUCACGGUCUGCCUGUCCCUGACAGCCAAGCGACUGGCCAGCAAGAACUGUGUCGUCAAGAACCUGGAAGCAGUGGAGACACUGGGUUCCACAUCAGUGAUCUGCUCUGACAAGACAGGGACCCUCACUCAGAACCGCAUGACUGUGUCCCAUCUCUGGUUUGACAACCACAUCCACUCGGCUGACACUACGGAAGACCAGUCAGGGCAGACGUUUGACCAGUCCUCGGAGACGUGGCGGGCGCUAUGCCGCGUGCUAACGCUGUGCAACCGCGCUGCCUUCAAGUCGGGCCAGGACGCGGUGCCGGUGCCCAAGCGCAUCGUGAUCGGGGACGCGUCCGAGACUGCGCUGCUCAAGUUCUCGGAGCUGACCCUAGGCAACGCCAUGGGCUACCGUGAGCGCUUCCCCAAAGUCUGCGAGAUCCCCUUCAACUCCACCAACAAGUUCCAGCUGUCCAUCCACACACUGGAGGACCCGCGGGACCCCCGGCACGUGCUGGUGAUGAAGGGCGCCCCUGAGCGCGUGUUGGAACGCUGUAGCUCCAUCCUCAUCAAGGGCCAGGAGCUGCCGCUGGACGAGCAGUGGCGGGAGGCUUUCCAGACUGCCUACCUUAGCCUGGGAGGCCUAGGUGAACGCGUGCUUGGAUUCUGCCAGCUCUACCUGAGUGAGAAGGACUACCCUCCCGGCUACGCCUUCGAUGUGGAGGCCAUGAACUUUCCAACUAGUGGCCUGUGCUUUGCGGGACUUGUAUCCAUGAUAGAUCCGCCCCGGGCCACCGUCCCUGAUGCUGUGCUCAAGUGCCGCACAGCAGGCAUCCGGGUGAUCAUGGUGACGGGUGACCACCCCAUCACAGCCAAGGCCAUUGCAGCCAGCGUGGGUAUCAUUUCAGAAGGCAGCGAGACAGUGGAGGACAUCGCUGCCCGCCUCCGCGUGCCUCUGGACCAAGUUAAUAAGAAGGAUGCCCGUGCCUGCGUCAUCAAUGGCAUGCAGCUGAAGGACAUGGACCCGUCUGAGCUGGUGGAGGCACUGCGUACUCACCCCGAGAUGGUGUUUGCUCGCACCAGUCCCCAGCAGAAGCUGGUGAUUGUGGAGAGCUGCCAGCGACUGGGUGCAAUCGUGGCUGUGACAGGGGAUGGCGUGAACGACUCCCCAGCCCUGAAGAAGGCAGACAUCGGCGUGGCCAUGGGCAUUGCUGGCUCGGAUGCUGCCAAAAAUGCGGCUGACAUGAUCCUGCUGGAUGACAACUUUGCCUCCAUUGUGACGGGCGUGGAGCAGGGCCGGCUGAUCUUUGAUAACCUGAAAAAGUCCAUCGCCUACACAUUGACCAAGAACAUUCCAGAGCUGACACCGUACCUCAUUUACAUUACUGUCAGUGUGCCCCUGCCCCUCGGCUGCAUCACCAUCCUCUUCAUAGAACUCUGCACUGACAUCUUCCCAUCUGUGUCCCUGGCAUAUGAGAAGGCAGAGAGUGACAUCAUGCAUCUGCGUCCCCGGAACCCAAAGCGCGACCGAUUGGUCAACGAGCCCCUGGCUGCCUACUCUUACUUCCAGAUCGGUGCCAUCCAAUCAUUUGCCGGCUUCACUGACUACUUUACGGCCAUGGCCCAGGAGGGCUGGUUCCCAUUGCUGUGUGUGGGGCUGCGGCCAUACUGGGAGAAUCACCACCUACAGGAUCUGCAGGACAGCUAUGGCCAGGAGUGGACGUUCGGGCAGCGCCUGUACCAGCAGUACACCUGCUACACCGUGUUCUUCAUCAGCAUCGAGAUGUGCCAGAUCGCCGAUGUCCUCAUCCGCAAGACACGCCGCCUCUCUGCCUUCCAGCAGGGCUUCUUCAGGAACAGGAUCCUGGUGAUUGCCAUCGUGUUCCAGGUCUGCAUCGGCUGCUUCCUGUGCUACUGCCCCGGGAUGCCCAACAUCUUCAACUUCAUGCCCAUUCGGCUGGUGGGAUCAGGAGCUCUACUAUUAGAGGGACCGCGGCCUUCAAGCCAUCCUUGCAUCCCCCACAGCAGAGGUGGGGGGCACGGGACCCUUUGGGCAGCCACCGGAACAUCAAGCAAUCAAGAGCCCUAGCACCACCUGUGUCUGCCCCUGCAGCCCAUGGCACCCCAACUUUGCGGGACAUCCCCACUCCCCUUCCCCAUCCGCGGAGAGCUUGCCCCCGUGGCAGAGCAGUCCUUGGGCCCAGUCCUCUGAGGGGGUGGGGGCUUCAGGAGGGAGUGGGAGCUUGCGGCUCCUGUGAAGUGGGGCCGUCCUUAGCACGCCAGGCUGGCAAGAGGGCUGCCUGGGGCUCUUCUUCCAACACACUUGUGCCGCGUGAUAGUAAUAAACCAGCUCACAUUGA